AUGCACCGGAUUCACUCGUGGGCGAAAGCUCACGCCUCCUCUCGCGGCCUGACAGACCAGACUCCCUCCGAACAGGCCGCUGAUCCUGAUCAUACCGAAAAACCUCCUCAAGAUGGACAAGUGAAUGUCCCCGUGGAGGACCCUACUCCAGGGUCCGUCACGGAAUCCAACCCAAAGCCGGGCCUUGCGCGCCGCAUGCGAAACGGAUCCAUCCGUUUCUAUCACCAUACCAAAGAUGCCAUCUGUCACAGCUGGGUCAAUGUCCUGUUAGUCUUUGUACCAGUGGGUAUUGCCUGCGAAGCUGCAGGUCUCGACUCCGCCAUCAUCUUCGCGAUGAACGCAGUGGCCAUCAUCCCUCUCGCUGGACUUCUCAGCCACGCCACCGAGAGCGUUGCCAGUCGUCUGGGCGAUACCAUUGGAGCUCUCAUCAACGUCACAUUCGGAAACGCUGUGGAGUUGAUCAUCUUCAUCAUUGCUCUAGUCAAGAAUGAGAUUCGCAUCGUCCAAGCUUCACUGCUUGGCUCCAUCUUGGCAAACCUACUCUUGAUUAUGGGCAUGGCAUUUCUUUCUGGCGGUCUUCGCUUCCAGGAACAAAUCUACAACAGUACUGUCACCCAAAUGAGCGCCUGUCUGCUCAGCUUGAGUGUGGUCAGUUUGCUAUUGCCUACUGCCUUCCAUGCCUCUUGGUCAGAUAGCGUGAACGCCGACCGAGAGACCAUCAAGGUCAGCCGCGGUACGAGUGUGGUUCUUCUCUUGGUGUACAUUCUCUACAUCAUUUUCCAACUCCGAACCCAUUCCUACUUGUAUGCUAGUAUUCCACAGGCCAUCAUUGAUGAAGAAUCCCAUCCUGGUGUCCUGGCAGAGUUCAUGAACAGCUCUUCGGACUCCUCUUCGAGCUCAAGUGAUGACUCUGAUGAUACUACAACAUCGUGGACAACCGCUAAACGCAUCAAGAGAGCAAUGAAGUACCGCAGACACCGCAAGUCUAGCACAAGCUCAAAGGGUACUGCAUCGCGCACUUCUUUCCAGAAGAAGGCCAUUGCAUCCACCUCCAACCAAAACUCUAUUUCCAAUUCCAUUGGAAGUAAUGAGCAUGCUAUCGAUCUCGGCGAUGAAGUUCGUGAUGAUGCCGAUGAUGAGGCUCAAGACCCGUCCGCAAUUCGUUCUCGUGACUUUGGCAUUGCCUUGAGUCAGAUGGAUAGUCAUUCAAGCAAAAAAUCCAAGAAGCGUGACCGUAAGAAGCGCAAGGCUCUGAAGGCGGAAAAGAAAGCGCAGAUCCAGGCACCUGGCGAAAGCGGCCCUGCGAACGGCAAAGGUCAAGCGGCCAAGGGACUACAGCCUGCGCCCAACUUUGUUGGGUUCGAUGGAAUUACGGAUGAGGCACAGAAGCGCCGCUCGCCCUUCGGACCCAUUCCAUCCUUGCUUUCCAACACCGUGUUCAGCUCCCAAGCACCCAACCUCUCGCCGCGCGUUGGGCCUGCGGGACGCCCCGGCAUCGCCCGCAGCAACUCGUUGCCGGCACACAUUACUCGUCCCCCUCUAGCGGGCAAUCCAGUUCAGUUCGCUCGUGGGGCUUCGCGCCUCACUGAUCCAAGCGAUCCCCCAGUUCCGGAGACAGCCUCCCAGGCCCCGGAACCCGAAAUGUCUCGUACUGCUGCUGUUGUGAUGCUUCUGCUGUCCACCGGUCUUGUCGCUGUGUGUGCGGAGUUCCUCGUUGAUGCUAUUCCGGAUAUGAUCUCCAGCUCAAACGUCAGCGAAGCUUUCAUUGGACUGAUCAUCUUGCCUAUUGUCGGUAAUGCUGCUGAGCACGUCACUGCUGUCAGCGUUGCGACUAAGAACAAAAUGGAUCUGUCUAUCGGUGUCUCUGUCGGAAGUAGUAUUCAAAUUGCUAUCUUCGUUACGCCCUUGGUUGUUAUUCUAGGUUGGUGCAUGGACAAGGACAUGUCUCUUUACUUCACCCUGUUCGAGACCAUCUGUCUCUUUGUCACAACCUUCGUGGUCAAUUUCUUGGUGCUGGAUGGUCGCAGUAAUUACCUUGAAGGUGUACUGCUAAUUGCAGCAUACAUUAUUAUUGCUCUAUCUGCAUUCUUCUACCCUGACAGUGGCCAGGCAAGUAGCAUUGCGGGAUCAGAGUAG